AAAGAAAAACCUCUCUCUGCCCUUCUCUACCUCACCUCACCUAUUUGUCUCUCUGUUGUCUGCUACUGUGAAACUUCAUUAUCUGGGUUACUUUCUUUUCACCAUUACCAUUUUUCCAUUGCUUUUACUUUGGAUCCCCACAACCACACCCUCCCUACUUUAACCCUACACACACACACACUCUCUCUCUCUCUCCUUUUAAAAUUUGUUAUAAACCCACGCUUACUCUUCACAACCUAAGCCAUAGGCAAAGCAACAAGUAAAAGAAACCGAAGAAAGAGAAUAUAUAUUUUUCUUCUCUAUUUGAGCUUCUCACAUAGUCAAUUUUCUUCAACCAAUCUUCUUUAAUGGAGGACUACGGGAGAACACAUGUUCCGGCAUUUGGGAGCUGGGAUUGGAAUGAAGAUCUUCCAUUUACUCAGUGUUUUGAGUCAGCCAGACAAGCUGGGCUUCUUCGUUACAGUUACUCUGAGUCUGAAGACCGCGAUUUGUACGUAACAGGGGAUUUAUACGAGAAUGACGUUGUUACACCCGCCAUGAUCGUUGUUCCUCGCAGAAGGACAAAACUUCGUCAGCCUCAUGUCAAAGAAGCUAAGAACCAAAAUUGGGUUAGCGACGACGACGUCGUAAAAGAACCACCAAGCCCUCUUCCUGUUCACAGGCCAACACCAAAACCUGUGGAUGAAGAUCUCUACAAGAUCUCACCGGAGUCCCUCUUUGCUAAACACAAAAAGAAGAGAGGGCUGGGGUUCUUUUCAAGCUGUUUAUUGCCUACUUGUAUUGCUUGAAGCUGUGAGCCAGCCAGAUUAUAAUAUAUAUAUAUAUAUAUACAGGACUAAGUACAUAUAUGAGAAGGCGGCUUAUGUAUAUGUAUCCCUAUCGCUAGGACGUAGAGGAAGUCCAAGAAAAUUCUCACUAUAAUCUCAUUCCAUGUUGUAAGGAGUGAGAUUAUAGUUAAUUACCUAUUAUUUUACCCUUUCCUUUUCUUUGUUUGGUAGUGCUUUGGGCUCUGUAAUUUGGAUAUAUAUAUAUUUAUUAAUGACAUGAGGAAGAGGGCAGUGUUGGUUGGAACUCUCAUGAUCAAUUGUUGUAAAAGUUUUUGCGAAAAAAGAAGAAAUGGGUUAAUUUUCA